UUGCCAUUCACUUGCAACUGUGAAAACAAUUAAAUGUUUUGCGAAAAAUUAGCUCAAUAAAACUUGAGGAAAAUUGCAAUUCAUUAAAUGUAAGCAGUAUAUAGACCCUGUUUGCACAUAGGGAGUGUCUAACAUGGCGAGCGAUUAUAGCGCCAGCCAAUUCGUCUCAACAAACACAUGUGCAGCAAGUGCAGCGAGCUCCUCACGCUGGUUGACCGAGGAGGUCUUUAAGCUGAUCGAUAUUGUGCAACGCGAUGAGGCCAUUUAUAAUCCGAGACAUAAAUAUUACUUUUGCCGGCCGUACGUGGAGAACUUUUGGCGUGAAGUUGAUCUGAAGUUGGAGAAAAAUCCCGGCGCUAGCUUAGCCAAAUGGACUAAUCUGCGCAUUUCAUUUCGGCGCGAAUACACCAAUUAUUUGGAAGAGAAAGUUCCGCCAUGCUGGUCGUACUUUGAUCGCAUGUUUUUUCUGCAUCCAUAUUUGCGUAAAAAACAUCAACAGCCCAAAUCGUUAGACACGCAGGUUCAAGAUGCACUGGCCCAUCUCAGCAACCUCUCAAGUCGAAUGCAGCGCGAGCGAGCGGUUAAUACUUGUACAGCGGCAAGUUCUACCAAUGCCAGCAAUGCGGCGCAAGUGAAUCCCAAUGGAACUAUUCACUCGGCGCAGCAAUCACCGCAACAGCAGCCGCUUGACAAUUAUUUGGACUAUUUUGAUGAGCACGACCACAACAACUCGGAGCUUGACGAAAUAAUUGAUGAGGAGCACAGGGCACGUUUUCAAAAUCAUACGCUCGACAACAAUGACAUCAAAUCAGAGUGCGAAGAACCAGUCGAUGACUACGAAGCCGAGCAAGAGCAGCGCGUUCAUCAUCAAGAUGAGGAUGACCACGAUCAUGAGCCUGAUGAGCAUGAAAUGCGCUCGUUAGCAUACGAUGCGUCAACUACCGCUGCGGCACCCAGUUCUACAUCCACAUUAGAGAAACGCUACACUCAACAUUAUCAACAGCAUGCUAGCAGCAGUAGCAGCAGCAACGGUAGCAGCCGGCUGCAGCACAUGAAUCGCUUACAGCUACGGAAUUACCACGAUGAGGCACGUUCAAUGCGCUCUCGCUCCCAGGAGCUGCAAGGCGUUGCUGCUGCCGCUGCAGCAACCGCAGUGGCGGCAUCUGUCAGUGCUGCAAAUUUGCAAACUCAUUCAAAUAUUUCGUUUGUACGACCAACCUUCAGCAGCAAGGCCGUGGACAUGGUGAGCACCACAACGCAUGCUAAUUCAAUGGUCGCUGGAAACACUGCAGCAACAGCAGCAUCCACAACAGAUAAUGAGAAUCUGACAGCUGUGGCCGCUCCUACCAGUGCUUAUCUGAGCCAGCGUCAUAUGCAUGUGCCGCACACCCACGCCCACACCCAUCACCAGAUGGCGACUCCAACGCAGCGUCUGGAGUUGAGCAAUUCAUCAACAGCAGUGACAACAGCCGGUUCGGUUGAACUGUGCGACUGCAAGACCGAUUCGGAUGCCAUGUUUCUAAUGAGUCUGCUGCCCGACAUUCAGAAGCUGAAUGGACGUGAUCGUGGAAAGAUCAAAAUAGCCUUCCAGAACAUAUUGCAGGAUUAUUUGUAUCCCGACUAAAUGCGACUCUAAGUCAUUAUUGGCUGCUAGUUAAGAUCUCCCAGCUCUAUUCUGUGUAUACAAUUUUGCUUAUAGCAUGCACAAAUUAAGUUUAUCGAUCGGCUCAGCCGAAAUUUUUUGUUUUGAACAUAUUUCCUUAAUUUCUUGAAGCUUUGCUGUGCAAAAACAAAGUAUCCUUAAUUUGUACUUUAACUGUAUAUCCUUUGAA